AGAUUGAAAUUUCUUCCUCAAAAGCUCGAAGAUGAACGUUUGACUUACUUCCGCUCUACGAACAUCGCGCGGACGAUUGAAUCUCUGCAGCACAUAGUCCAUGGAGUGUACCCUCCGUCUGCUUGCGCUCCAGGUACGAUACCCUCUAUCAUCAUACGUAAUGGAGUUGACGAGAACCUCGUCAGUAAUACCUUAGCCUGCAAGCGACUGGCGCUCUUG